CAAUACACCUCCUUCUAAAAUACAAUACAUUUUACUCCAUCCUUCCGCACUUGGCAUUAAAUUAAGCAUUUUGUAACUCCAUCCACCUCAUUCCAGUCUCUCCACGUCCACCUCUUUCCUCGCGGCAGGGAUGAUAUGGCUCAAAUCUCCCAUGGGAAGGUCAAAGGGCCAGUCCACCGAUUGCAGUAACCCCCCGAUCAUGGCCCACCAACUGCAAGCGCUGACGACAAAGCAAGCAGCACCGCCGCCGACAGUCAGUCUGUGAGCAAGAGCCAGUCGAUCUUCGGCAUGGGCCCACUCGGCAGCGGCGAGUAGAGGGAAAGCAACCGUAUAGGCGAGGAACAGAAUGACGAGACAGAGGUUCGUCCUCAACGAGCAGAUGAGGAAUACGAACGACAGGAGACCGACGAAGAGGUAGAAGAAGCCGAAGCUGGCGUAAAACUCGGCUCCGAGGACGCCCGACUUCAUAUACGGGGUCUGCGCGCCGAAGCCAGGGGUGAGUGUCGCGCCGAGGGCGAAGAAGAAACCGCCUAGCGUUUUCGUUAGAUCCAACAUUGCAUUCCACUUUAUGGUGGAUUGCCGAAAAAACGUACCAUAUGCGCAGUACACGACGAAGGCGAAGGUGUGAGCGAGGAAGAACUCGAGAAGACCGCCGAGGAACAAGAGCAGACCACCGCAGAAGAAAUGGGCGCCGUUGUUGGCAAACCCAUUGAGAUCAGAUCCUCUCCAUCCCAUCAACUGACAGGACAACGGCGUCAAGGUUAAGACUAGCCCUGCCAAGGCACUGAGAUUUAAGGUUAAGUUAGCCAAGACUAGUUCUUUUGGGAUCUUUGAAGCCGUUUUCUUGGAUCACGAACAGUGGUGCUGGGUUGCCCCAAUUCUUCUUUCUUGGCUGAAUCUGGGUCUGGGCGAUGAUUUGCGCCAGCUUCUCGGAAUCGGAGUCGUAACCCAUUGUGAAAGUGGUGAGAAUUAGUUAUUAGAAGGCCGGUAAGACAAGAACGCUGACGGAGAGAGAGGCUGAUGAAGUGAAGACACAGAGAUGAGAGGGGCAGACGGGCAGACACGACUGUUUAUAACCUCGAGCGUCUCAUCACCUCCCCCUUCUUGUUCCCUUCAUCCAUUUCGCUCCCAUAGCCGUCUCGCGAAUCUCUCCACAGAAGGGUCCCCAUGCUUGUGGUUCUGGAUACGCUGGCCUAGGGUACGUUGCUGACCUUAUCUCCGACGGUGCCGUCCAGAACAUAUCCACCACGUUUCUCCCACAGACUUGAUCGCCAUUGGGUCUUGCUCAGGAAGUGGAAGGGAUCCGGACUCGAGAAGCAUUUACUGGAAGUAGAUCAUCACCGGUAGGAACCGGGUGGCCUCGGAAAGUGUCGGUUCCCUUCAGAAUGCCCACAGGCAUUGCGUGAAUUACUCUCGAUAUUUUUGCACUAGGACUUUACGCAAUGCUGCAACGUCUCGACAUCGGCAAGGGAACCCUCGUCUAUGACAGGCGCGCAUGGGUUUUUUAGCCUUACAGGAAACGGUGGGGCCCAUACUGCGAUUUUCGAGUGAAACGGUAUGGAAAAAGACAGAUCCAUGGUGAUCGCUUCCGACAACCGCCGGUUAUUCUGCCACUCUCAGUGAGUCAGGGAUCAAACCUCUCUCAUACCCAUACUGAGGCCAUAUCACAACAAGAUCACCGAACCUUCACACGAUCAUGGCUUCCAAGGCUGCCGUCCCCCAGGGGGCCCCCUCCGAACCCCCCAAAACCUGCAAAGUGAUCCUAGCCGACACCAUCGCCAAAAAGAUGCUCGCCGAAGUCCAAUCCACCCUCUCGGCCAUCCAACUCCCGCGCCGCCCAACCCUGUCCGCCUUCCUCGCCAAUGACGACCCCCACGCCUACCAGUACGCCGAAUGGUCCAAAAAGACCUGCGAAGAACAAGGCUUCUCGUUCAACCUGGUAAAGGUAGACAAGGAGUCCCUCGAGGAGGCCAUCAUCGCCGCCAACAACGACCCCGAAGUCGACGGUAUCCUCGUCUACUACCCCAUCUGGCCCGCCAACCAAGGCCAUCAGGACCGCUACAUCCAGGAGACCGUCUCCCUCGCCAAGGAUGUUGAAGGUCUCUGCCACACCCACCUCUUCAACAUGUACCACAACGUUCGCUUCCUCGACCCCCCUGCCAAUCUCAAAAAGUCGAUCCUCCCUUGCACCCCAUUGGCGAUUGUCAAAGCGUUAGAACACCUCCAAAUCUACAACCCCAUCCUCGCCUAUGGAAACCGCCUCUACGGAAAGACAAUCACGGUAAUCAACCGCAGCGAAGUCAACGGCCGCCCCCUCGCCGCCCUGCUGGCCAACGACGGCGCGACAGUCUACUCGGUCGACAUCACCGGCGUCCAGCUCUUCACCCGCGGGUCCGGCAUCAAGGCGCUGCGCCACCAGGUCGUCGACAAGCCCGACCUCACUCUCAACGACGUCUUGCCUCUGUCGGAUGUAGUUAUUGGUGGCGUCCCGACUGAAAAGUUCAAGGUGCCGACCGAGUUGCUGAGAGAAGGCGUGGUCUGCAUCAACUUUAGCAGCUUCAGGAACUUUGACGGGCCGGCGGUGAAGGAGAAGGCGAGUAUUUAUGUGCCGAGCAUUGGCAAGGUUACUAUUGCGGUGUUGUUGAGGAAUUUGGUGCGGCUUAUCGCCAACAGCCCACGGCAGGAGGGGACGAGUGAUGAUGCGCAAAAGGCGAGGGAGGGGGCUUUCAAAGAUGACUAGAUUUCCCGCUAUCUGUGAGGAUUUGUUUUGUUUUUGUUUUGGUGUUUUCUCUGCUUUGAUCGUGAGCAAGAAAAUAUGCGUAUCGAAAAGUUGCGAGUGUAAGGAAAGUUUGUAAAAGGGGGACGACCGGGAGUCCUGUGAUGUUAUAGAAGACCGCAUCAUCAGUGGUCGUCAAAGAUUCAUAGAGUAAAAUGGAAAACGCAUCAAAUCACUGUGUUGUUUCUUCUUUCU